GCAUCUGACUGCAGGUCGAUACGGACGCUAUCGCUGAGGUUUUUGUCACUCAGAGACUCAAAUGCCAGCAAUACAGUCUGGUCAUGUAUGCCAAGCUCAUUCUAUGGAUCCUGCUCUUCACCUCUGUCCAGGAGGUGUCCCUGCAGGAUUACGGUUCUGAAGAUGAGACGUACGAGGAUCCGCCGCCUCUGAACUGCUCAACCACAGAGAGCAUCAAAGGUGGACAUGUCGCCUACUCACAGGGAGGACUGGAGGGCAGUGUGCUGACCUAUCACUGCGGUGCGGGGCGAUACCCUUUCCCGGUAAGCUACCGGCUCUGCAGCGCUGACGGGGAGUGGUCGCUGAUGAGAUCAACCGGUGGCAGACAGGUGUCCCGGGCCACAUGCAAAGACGUGUUGUGUCCGGCUCAGCUCCAGCUGGAUCACGGCGACCUCUGGCCCAGAGACCAGUGGUCCCGCGUCGGGUCGACGCAGAGCUUCUCCUGCCAGGACGGCUUCACCCUGUACGGGUCAGCCCAGAGGAACUGCACCCACUCUGGGGAGUGGACAGGAACCACUCCCGUCUGUGACAACCAUGCUGACGACUGUAGUGACCCGGGGAUCCCACCAGGGGCCCAGAGGUCAGCAGGCCGGUUUCAAACAGGGGAGAAGGUGGUCUACCGGUGUCAGACUGGUCUGAAUCUACUUGGGUCGGCUGAAAGGGUUUGCCUGGAGAACAGGGAGUGGAGCGGUUCGACACCGCGGUGCCAAGGCCCGAAUACCUUUGACUCCCCCAGCUCUGUGGCAGCAGCCAUGGCGGGGUCACUUGCAGGAGUCAUGGACGUAAUCUCGCCAGACUCCAAAAAGAAAGCUGCAACAAGGUCCUUUGGCCGAACCUUCCGCGUGGAUGAAGGCAGUCGUAUGAAUGUCUACAUUUUGCUGGACACAUCAGGAAGCAUCAGAAAGCAGGACUUUGAUUUAUCCAGGAAGGCCACCAUUGCUCUCAUCAGAAAGUUGGACAGCUACGAGGUGCAGCUGAAGUUCCACGUGUUGUCAUUUGCCAGCGAGGCUAGAGACAUCGUAGACAUCAGAGACUUGGAUAGAAGUGGUAGCAUCGACGACAUCAUAUGGAAUCUGGAGGAGUUUGACUACCAUAGCCACGGGCAAAAGACGGGCACCAACCUGCACGCUGCCCUGCACCGCGUCACUGAGUUGAUCAGCUACUUUAAGCAAAACAGCGCCAGGAACCAUUUUAAUGAGACUCAGAACAUCAUCAUCGUAGAAACAGACGGUUACUCCAACACCGGCAACAAGCCUCAGAUUGCUCUUCACCAGAUCCGAAAUCUGCUGGGCUACCACGACACAUCCCGCGACCACACAGACGAAACUAUGCUGGAUGUCUAUGUAUUUGGUAUCGGGGAUCAAGUGAACAAAGAUCAGCUGAACUCCUUAGCCUCAAAGAAACGUGGUGAGCAGCACGUCUUUGUGGUGAAAGACUUCCAAACACUGGGAGAGGUGUUCAACAGCAUCAUCAGCGAUAAGAGUGUGACGAUGUGUGGGGUAGCUCAGGAGCAGGACGAGGAUAAGAUGGCCUACACCAGACCCUGGCACGUCAAAGUGGAAACGCUCUCAAAGAUUACGCCGUGUGUUGGAUCCAUUGUGAGCCCGAACUGGGUGCUGACGGCCGCUCACUGCUUUGCCAGAGUGAGCACAGACGUCCCUCAGCAGUUGUUCAUAAGUCACGGUGAGGGCACGGUGGUUUACAAGAAGGUGUUCAUUCACCCAAAGUACAACAUCAGGGCUCUGGAGCACAGGAACGUGUCGGAGUUCUACGACUACGAUGUCGCUCUGGUUCAGGUGAACAAGAGCAUCCCGCUCUCCUGGAAAGCCAGACCCAUCUGCUUGCCGUGUACCGUACCAGCGGAUCGAGCCAUGAAGAGAGUCAACUCCACCUGUCAGCAGCACAGGAAGGAACUGCUACCACACAUGGAGACCGCUGCCUUUUUCAUCCAUAAGAACGCCGAACGCAAACAAACACACAUUCAAACAGACAGUCAGAGGCCGAGCUGUGUGGAGAAGGCGAGGCAAACACUCAAACGGCCCACCAACGUGACUUUGGAUGAGUACAUACCCGACAGAUUGCUCUGUACCGGGGGAUCCUCAGCAUACCAGUACGCCAUCACCUGUAAAGGUGACUCUGGUGGAUCCCUGUUUCUGCCAAAGAGAAAUCGCUACUUUCAGGUGGGAGUCGUGAGCUGGGGCACGACGAACGUGUGCAACCGGCUCGACCCGGCUAUGAGAAAGUACAGCAGCGGGAACCCGCCUCCAGACGCUCGGGACUUUCACAUCGACCUGUUCAAGAUAAUGCCGUGGCUGAAGCAGCACCUGGGGAAGGACAUUCAGUUCCUGCCCGAUGUCGACUGAGAACAUCCAGAAGUGCUUCGAGUAAGAUGCAACGACGUAAUGUGCGUGAAUGUGGGAAUAAUCACAGACUGUAAUAUCAAGUAUUUUCCAAAGCUUUAUUGUCAAAAGGAAUACUGAUGAUUUUUAUAACUGUGGUGCGGUAAACUCACUUGUAAAUUCAUACGCAACAUUUAAAGAAAAAGUAAUUCUUGUUGUUUUCAUUUUUCUAAACUCAACAUGUAUAAUGCAUGCAUAAUCGGAGGCAUAUAUAAUGGAAAUACACCUGUACUUUAUUACUUUAAUGCAAGUCUAGUUACCAUCACUGGUCUGAAUCUGUAGUUAGAGGCCAUUGACAUACAGUACUCUGCACAGAAGUGAGCGGGGAGCACCAGACAGUCCACCAGCUGAAACAUGUCGGUGUCUACUGGCUAACUUGGUGUGUAUUUUCUAUCACUGUUGCUCAUUGGUUGGAUCUCACUCUUCAGCUGCUUCUCUGGCUGUUAUCUACCAUUUUGUUUUUGUCAGUGAGAAUUUGACAGUCAAACGACGUUAGAAUUCUGUCCAAUCAGCCCUCAGAAAACUGCCGGAACAAGGUUUCUGAUUGGCUGUCCUUAAAGUUGGGGACAAAGUGGAUCUGUAGGAUCUCGGAGAAUCCCUCCGGGAGAGCAGGAGCCACAAAGUGUUUCCUGUCCAGACAGAGAGCCAGAUCAGAGUGGUCAGUCCCAGAGCUAUUACUGGUAAGUGUGUUUAUUACCAGAAUUCUAAACCCUGACUUAGACUUUAGUUUUAACGCAGACACAAAGACGAAACAAAAGCUCCUGAAAAUGUAUUAAAAUAGAAAACUUAACGCGUUGGUGGCAUGCGUUUAGCUGCAUUUCAUCAAAUCUGUGCACAAAUUUUUUUUUUGUCAGAAAAAACCCCCAAAAAAAAACUUGUAUAUCUCAUGAAUGUGAAAAGAAAGAGCAGUAUCACUCACUUGUAGCUGUGGAAAAUCAUGUCAUUGACUUUAACGUGUUUGCUGUUCGAUGGAACCAUCUCACGGAACUGGGAACAACAACAAUGCGUUUAUAAACAAAAGAAAAGACAACACCACCCAGAUUAAGACAAAGCACAGAGUGGAGAGGAGGAGAGACGUACUCUGUUGUUGUGCUUGGCUUGCUCCAGAGAGGCUGAGAAGUGGAAACAGCGACACUGCACUCCUGCUGCCGUUGCCACGUCCACAUACCUGGAAAAUACACACUGAGUAUUGGUUUGACAAACACAGAACAGUAAAUUCACACCCUAAAACACAGCAACAGCAGCAUACAAUCACACGCAAGUAAGUGAAAUAAAUACAGUCACUAGGUAACCCGUCGCUGGUGCAUGAAAACAGUUUUUUGCCAUCAGCACAUCACAGUCUGUUCUGCAGAACACAGCACGAAAUUCUGCUGCUGGAGGCCGUCGGCCCGUUUAAGACAUCCAUCACACUGAGCCAACACAAUUACAAAGAGCCUCAACCAAUUCAGAGCUUAGUAAAAAAUGCCCCGCCUGCAAAUAUACUCUUCUGUCUGUCAUAUGAUUGACUGGUGCUCUUUGUUAGCAUAAGGAUGUACCCCAGAGAGAGGAUGAUCCUGAGUAUAUAUGCAUACUGAAACAUGCAAGGACACACACACACACACACACACACACACACACACACACACACACACACGGUUGUGCUUUACCGUUUGCGAGACUCUGGGUCUGGGUUGGUGUUGUCCACCACGACGCUGCGGCCUUCUUUCAGGGCGUGCUCACACGCCGAAACGCAGCUCUGCCACGAACCGAGUGUGUCCUGAUGCAAAACAAAACAAAAAAGGUCGUAAUGAAUAAUAAUUUAAACAAAAAAUCAUAAUUAUCUUUGUGUUGGUGUUUCUCAUCAUUAUUACAAUAACACCAUCUUUAAAACAGUUACACAAUGUGUGGAUCAAAUAGAAAAGCAGGGUAGCAAACAUCAAAGUAACACUCAACAGUUCAAAUCUUCUUGUACAUAAAAGCGAAUGUUCUGGAUGUGUUUGGCACUGGAGCCCUGUUCAGUAACAUCCACUCACCCUGUUGACGUACACGUAGCCUUUGGGAAUGACGUGGGUCUGGAAGAAGGUGGAUUUACCAGCUGUGCAGAAAGAGAGGAGGAAACAAGGUCAGCGUGGUGUCGGUGGGACGAGAGGACGGACGAGUCGAUAAAAGCGUCUUCUGUCUCUUACACGCAGGGAAACCCACGGCAACAAUGACUUCAGUCCUGCUGGAGGUGAGACAGGCGGAUAGAGGGUCCAACAGCCCGGCAGUGGAGUCGAGCUUCCUCUAGAAGUUCAGAGGAAGAAAAACGUUUAACGUCGUAUUCUCAUGUACUGUAAAAAACAAAACAAUAAGGUGUGUUCAUUGUACUCACAGGGUCAAAAUUAGGCAGGCUGUAGGGGGCGUUCUUCCAGCCCAGGAAGUACUCCUCUGGGGUGUGGAACUGCAGUCCAAUGUUCAGAGCAAACUACAAAAACAAGAAGGACGAAAGCAACUAGUAAAUAUAUAAAUUGUUGCAUAAUUUAUUUACCUUUGUUAAUGACAUUUAAGAUGACACACACACAACGACUCAAGGCAGGAGCAGGAGGAUGAGGAGGAGGAGGGGCAUUAAGCAUUUGA